AUGGCAGAGCCAGCACCAGACCUCCAGAUCGAGCCUUCACCGGCUACCGUUGAUGUCCGCAUCAUCGAUACCACGUCGUGGAUAUCUGGACUCCCAACAAACAUCUUCUUCGAACCUCCCAUCAAAGGCUUUCUCAUUGAGCACCCCUCUGGCCGCAAAUUGCUCUUCGAUUUGGGUGCACGAGAGGACUGGGAGAACCUUUCACCGGCCACCUCCGGCUUGAUCGCAAAAAUCGGCCCAGCCAAGCUUGAGGUGAGGAAAGGCGUCCGGGAGCAGCUAGAAGAACAUGGAGUGCACGGCUCGAGUAUCGAGGGAAUCAUCUGGUCUCACUGGCAUUUCGACCACACUGGAGACCCGUCAACCUUCGAUGCACACACGGCCUUGAUUGUCGGUCCUGGUUUUAAAGAGGCAUUUGUGCCGGGUUACCCUGCCAAUCCGGACUCUGUAAUUCUUGAGUCUGAUUACGCUGGAAGAGAGCUCCGGGAGAUCGCAUUUACUCCAAAGAAGAAGAUCGGUCGUUUUGAGGCCUUUGAUUACUUUGGCGACGGGUCGUAUUAUAUUCUCAACGCUCCUGGCCAUGCAAUAGGUCAUCUAUGUGCCCUGGCCAGAGUCACCAGCAACCCCGACUCCUAUAUAUUCAUGGGAGGUGAUGCUUCCCACCAAGCAGGCGAAUUUCGACCGUCCAAGUACCUGCCACUACCGGCCAAAAUUGCACCUCACCCACUGGACUUCCACACAGCCACCCCGUGCCCGGGCGCUCUCUUCGAACACCUUCUCCGGGGCGGUGAUAGAACCAGGCAGUUUUUCGACAUAGCCAAGGACGGUGUCUCUGUUGAUGUCGACGAGGCCCAGAGGACGGUAGGGAAACUUCAGGAAGCUGAUGCUCACGAUAACAUUCUAGUAGUCAUAGCUCAUGACAAGGGUCUGCUUCCCUAUGUCGACUUUUUCCCCAAGUAUGCCAAUGAUUUCACCUCAAAGAAUUGGGAUGAGAGCGGCCGGUGGGCGUUUUUGAGGGACUACAAGGAGGCACUGGAGACCAUGUUUGGGCGCGAGAUGGUGCACACGGUGACGAACCAGGAGCAGAUGACGCGGUACGCACUGCCGACGCUGUACAGGAUGAACCGCGACGAAGUCAAGCGAUGGGAGGACGACAAGACCGGCGUCGCCAAGACUCCCAUUCCCGGCACUGAGAGCACGCCGACCCGCCAACGGCUCUGGUACACGUAUGAGCACAUAUACACAGAGCCCUGGAGCGCUACCUACCCACCUGAGGAGUGGAUUACGGUCAGCGUUGGGGAGUUCUGCCGGCGCGAGGUCGCCGAGUCCCCUGUCAAGGCUCUCUUUGGCCCGGACCUGAUGGAGCUAUCACCAGACUUUACCGACAGAUUCUGGGACUUUGACAGCGACUCCCACGACCGCUACGUCGCCGCAAUCAAGAGGUGGCUCGAAGCGGCCGAAGCCGGCUUUGACUGGGAGAGCCCAGAAGCCACGGCAGACUGGGAACCUCGCUUCGGCGCGCGUGCUCCCCGGGAGCUCAUCAAGUGGAUGAGGGAGACGGGUUUGAACUCGAACAGCAUCCCAACCACCACGUGGAUGCUGAUGGAGAUCAUCAAGGACCCCUCGCUCCUCCAGGCCGUGCGUGACGAGGUAGCCACGGUCACGGCCACCGACCCGGAGACGGGCAGCCCCAGCAUCGACAGCCAGAAGCUGGUUGCGCUGCCGCUGCUGCAGUCCAUCUUCACGGAGACGCUGCGGCUGCGCAUCAACUUCAACAUCAACCCCGACGUCAAGCAGUCCAUCAGGCUGGACGGCCACACCAUUCCCCGGGGGUCUCUACUACAGGCGCCGAUGCAAGUGGUCCCACUACAACGAGGCCGUCUGGGGCGCCACCAACCACCCCGCGUCCGACUUCUGGGCGGAACGGCACGCCGCCACCUGGCCAAGUUCGAGAUCCUGACGACCAUCGCCCUUGUGGUAUCCCGGUUUGACAUCGAACUGGUGGGCUGGACCAACGCGGACGGGUCGCCAUCACACCAGGCGGCCGAGGGUGAUAUUCGUUUCUGUGGAGCAGGAGCUAUGCCCCCCGACCGAGAGAUGAAGAUCAGAUGGCGGCGAAGGUCGUGA